AAUUUGUCACAAUUCGUCUGGUUACCAGACAAGACGCAUUUCUUCAUUUUUUUUGUCGAAGUUUUUUAUUUAUUAAAUUAAUACGACUGGUAGUGAAUUUUGACAAGCAGUAACAAAGAAAAAAGGCAUCAAACUGGCGGAGAAAAAAGUGCAGAUGGCAUUAUGCCAAACAUCAGUGCUGAAAGUGUAUCAUGCCGUGAUUGAAGAUGUCAUCUCGAAUGUGCGCGACGCCUUUCUGGAUGAGGGCGUCGACGAGCAGGUGCUGCAGGAGAUGAAACAGAUCUGGCGCAAUAAACUGUUAGCAAGUAAGGCGGUUGAAUUGAAUCCAGAGCCGGGCGAGCCGGGUCAUCAUCCACCGCCCAUUGUGGCCAACAAUCCAAAGGUAAGCAAGGCUGCCAAUGCCAAAGCCAAAAAGGCUGCUGCCGCUGCGGCAGCCUCACAACAGAACAGCAACAACAACGGCGCCGGAGCAAGUGGCGGCAUGAACACGUCUGGGGACAGCAAUAAGCCAGCAACACCAGCUGCGGCAGCUGGUAAAUCUCCAGCACUGACUGCAGUUGGCGGUGGAGGCAUCAUUAAGAAUGGUGGCAUCGGAGCCAUCAAGCAGGAGGUCACAUCACAGAAUCCGCCACCGUUGCAUCCCACAUCGGGUGCGGCGUCAAUGCUGCAGAAGCAACAGCAGGCUGCCGCUGCUGGUGGCGGCGGCAAUGCAGCUUCUGGUGGUCAGACACCCAUACCAAUUGUAUCGCAAUUGGACCCCAAUCGCAUAAUGCCUGUGAAUAUUACGUUACCUUCGCCACCUGGCUCAACAAGUUCGGAAUCUCGUGUGCUCACCAUACAAGUGCCAGCAUCGGCACUGCAAGAGAAUCAGCUGACCCAAAUAUUAACAGCUCAUCUGAUUUCAUCGAUUAUGUCAUUGCCCACCACAUUAGCCUCAUCCGUGCUGCAGCAGCAUGUGAAUGCGGCUCUCACCAAUGCCAAUCAUCAGAAGAAUAUUGCCAUUGCUAAGCAAUUGGAUGGCGCUUUGGAUUCGUCGGAAGAGGAUGAGAGCGAGGAGAGUGAUGAUAAUAUGGAUAACGAUGACGAUGAUGAUUUGGACAAAGACGAUGACGAUGAUGCUGAGCAUGAGGAUGCUGCCGAAGAGGAGCCCUUGAAUAGCGAAGACGACGUCACCGAUGAGGACAAUGCCGAGGUCUUUGACACAGAUAACGUUAUUGUGUGCCAGUAUGAUAAGAUCACACGAUCGCGCAACAAAUGGAAAUUCUAUCUCAAGGAUGGCAUCAUGAAUAUGCGCGGCAAGGAUUACGUAUUUCAAAAGUCGAACGGCGAUGCUGAAUGGUAAUCGAUACUAGCACCAACACAACAAAAUAAAAAGCAGAGCGUAAAACAUGAAUCCAUAAAAUGAAACAAACAAAAAGACGGAACGAAAUGCCUCACAGUACGCCUUCAGCAAACAAAAAACACAGCAAUAAAUACGUUACUAAGCACCCCCAUCUGAUCAGGUCAUCAUACCAUAACAACUUCUUCAUUUCAAGCUCGUAGCGAGCGUACACCAUUUGAGCGUAUAGCUUCUCUUUGAGUGCAACCAUCCGUCUAAGGAACGUUUGUCUCUGGCGGCUGUGGUGAUACGCAGUGCCGCAACCCACAUGUUGCCACCCAUUGAGGAGGGCCCGAAACAAAUUUUCUUCAGAGAAUUCUCUUCAGAAAGCUUGUUUUUGGUUUUCCCCAAUGGGUGGCAACUUGUGGGUUGCGCCACUGUGUAUCACCACAGACGGCAGAGUUUUUUCCUCCGUCGCCACCACCACGUUACUUGCACCCCAUCUGAUCAGAUCAUCCCAUAAUAACGUCGUGACCAAUAGAUGGCAGCUAACCAAAAGCACCAAACAACAGAAUAUCCCGAAACAAAUUCUCUUCAGUUUGUUUUUUUUCUCCGUCGCCACCACCACGUUCCUUGCACCCCAUUUGAUCAGAUCCUCAUCCCAUAAUAACCAAAAGCACCAAACAACAGAAUAUCCAAUGGCCAAGUUAAUUGUUUGGGUAUAGCAAAAAUAUUGUAUCGAACUAUUUGUACUGAGUCAUGUUGAGUGGUGUUUCAAUUUAACAACUUGUAAUCGUAAUUUAUGCUGCAUAUUUAAUGUCAAUAAAAACGGAAAUUUUGUAAUGCAACUAACCGCAAAAAAAAUCUUAUUUUAAUAUUUGCUGUUAUCCCCUCAUUUCCAAGGACCCGUGUGAAAUAUUAUAAAAUUGCAUAUAUAGGCUGUAAAAUACAUGUAUAUUGUAUAUUUAAAAUUAUUUGUUAAUUAAGGAGUACAGCAUUUUACAAAUAAAACACCUAUAGAAGAACAGCGCGACAAUGGCUAAAUUGUUACAUGUUUGUUGUUAUGCUCUAUGUACACUGUAUCUGUAUAGUUUAUUUUUCAUUUAGGAUUAUAUUCAAUAUACAUACAAU